CCCUAUGUUUUUAAAUGAAUUGAUGAUGAUGGCUAAAAAAGUUGAUUUUAUACAUAACAUGUUGUUCAUACGUUGUUUUGUUGGAUUAAAAUUCAACACCGCUGUGCAGUGUAUAAACACAAACAAUCAUCUGGUUGGCCAUAGAGCAGUAUAUUUUGAGUAAAUGACAAUUUUUUUUUUUUUUUUUGAUCAUCUUGCAUUUCAUUUACAACUGGCCAUCAACAACAACAACAACAACACUUGCACCGCGAAAAAAAUGUCUAGAACGAAUAAAGUUUCCUGUCCAUCACAUCCGGAUGCAGCAUUAAUCGAAGAUUAUCGAGCUGGUGAUCUUGUUUGUCCUGAAUGUGGUCUCGUUGUUGGUGAUCGUGUGGUUGAUGUUGGUUCUGAAUGGCGUACAUUUAGCAAUGAUAAAGCUACCUCUGAUCCUUCUCGUGUUGGUGCCGCAGAGAAUCCAUUAUUGGAAGGUUCCGAUCUGACAACGAUGAUUGGUCGAAGCAGUUCGGAUGCUGCAUUCAAUGAAAGUGGCCAACCAAAGUAUUUUAAUCGAAAACAGAUGAGCAGUUCGGAUCGUGCAUUAGUAAAUACAUUCAAAGAAAUUAGCAAUAUGUCCGAUAAGAUUAAUCUUACGAAAACUAUUGUCGAUCGUGCUAAUCUUCUAUUCAAACAAGUUCAUGAUGGCCGUACAUUGAAAGGUAGAAGUAAUGAGGCUAUUGCAUCCGCUUGUCUUUAUAUUGCCUGCCGACAAGAAGGUGUACCACGUACUUUCAAAGAAAUAUGUGCCGUUUCUAAUGUUUCCAAAAAAGAAAUUGGCCGCUGUUUUAAGCUCAUAUUGAAAGCUUUAGAAACUUCUGUCGAUCUCAUUACUACGGGAGAUUUUAUGUCACGAUUCUGUUCGAAUCUUGGUCUAUCGAAUGCCGUACAACGAGCAGCAACUUAUAUUGCACGAAAAGCUGUAGAAUUGGAUAUGGUACCCGGCCGUAGUCCAAUAUCGGUGGCUGCCGCCGCCAUUUAUAUGGCUUCACAGGCAUCAGCGGAUAAAAAAUCGCAGAAAGAAAUUGGCGACAUUGCUGGUGUGGCCGAUGUUACCAUCCGGCAAUCCUAUAAGCUAAUGAUCAAAGAUGCUGCCAAAUUAUUUCCUGCGGAUUUUAAAUUCGUCACUCCUAUCGAUCAAUUGCCACAAAUGUGAUUUUUUUAAUGAAAAAAAACUUUGAAUUUUUGGUCGAUUCAUCAAUCAAUUCAUAUAUUAUUUCAAUUC